AGUUAACGUUUCUUAGGCUUUAUAUUGUUUCUUGGAUAACUAAAGUGUAAUAUCUGUUGCUUUGAUUGCAAAAGCUUUGAUUGUUAAAAAUUAAGAUAAAUUAAAAAACUUUUACGUUAUUUACAGUUUCACGAGAAGAUGCUUUGUCCGAGAAAGUUUGGUUAAAAUAUUCAAAUUACACUUGAGUGAAAUCAUCUUAAAUGUAGAUUAAUAAGUUUACUUUUAUUCAAGUUUCGCUUUAUUCUUCGUUUCAUCUCCAACAUCAUAAUCAUGCCUUUUUAUACAAAAAUAGGAAACUUUGCCGCUGUAACUUGGUGUUCAUUUGGUUCUGCUCUAAUCGGCUUGUUCCUGAUGUUGAUUGGCGGAAUCCUCACUGGUAUUGCUUACACAGAAAUUACUCCACCCGAUUACGAUGACAAUUACAAGAGGUAUAUUGGAUCAAAUGUAUUAAGAGUUGUCGGACCCUUUUCGUUUGGAUUUGGAGGGUUACUCGUUUUUGGUAGCUGUGGCUUGUUUACAUUUGCUUUUGUAAGUGAAAGUCGGAAACAUCGAGGAAGCGCUGGACACAUUAAUUACGAUUCAAGAAUCGUAGAGCCCGAAGUGGAGAAACUUCAGAAUCCAUGAAUGGAUUACUAAUACAGCUUUUUUAUUCCGAUGAUGGAAACACUUUAUCCAUCAUUUUGUAUGAUGAAAUCCAUCAACAUUUGUCAUCAUUAACGAUCGUUGCAAUGUGAAUAUGAAUAAUUGAAAUUUUAUAAUAAUACCAAAAGCUACCUCACUUUUGA